AUGCCUCAAUCUCUAUCCCUAUGGGAUGCGUUUGCGAUCUGUGAAGGGCCAAGCAAGGACGACAGGGCUUGCUGUGGCCUGACCAAGCGAGGAACGCCUUGCAAACUCUACGUAACAGAGGACGUCCACAAAGCCGGCGUCGAGAAGUUGAAUUCUCUAGCACGCCAGCCUUUUAAUCUUCCCAUUCUCUAA